AUGCUUGACGCUCCAGGAGGUUGUGGAAAACCCACACUACUCAAAAUUCUCCGUCAAGACAUCAAUGAGUUCUUCCGAUCCGAUAAUGCCUGCUUGGUCACGGCUUUCACUUGUGGAGCAGCAUUCAAUGUUGGAGGGAAUACGCUUCACUCGACUCUCGGCAUUUCUCCAAAAACUGGAGAGGAAUUCAAACGAAUGAGCGAUUCUAUGAAAAAUCAUCUCACUGACCAACUGAGGGAUGUGAAGGUCUUCUUUAUUGAUGAAAUCAGCCAGUGUUGUCCUCUUCAACAAAAAGCAGGACUCAUACACAAAAGUGUCUAA